UGCUAUCAACCAACGCCUCAGUUGCGCCCAAGUGCCGUGCAGUGCCUGUUGGAAUAAUCCAACAACGGAAUAAUAACUGGUUGCAGAUUUUUUCAUUCAAAAAUUCUGCGGCGUAGACGGCGGCUCAUCGCAUCGCAGCACAAUCGUCUACCGUAUUAAGUGAAUUACAACGUAGCUGAUUCCAAUUGCUUUGACGUGAUUCAAAGUGCUUAAAAAUUAGAAAAAAAAAAACAAUAAUAACAACAAAGUCACGCUGAAAGCCAAUAAAUAGCAUAUACAAUACAAUAAAUAAUUGUCAUAAAAAUAUUUUCGUCCAACACAACAACAACACAUUCUAAUGGUACAAAUUCGCUCGGUUAAUAAAAAUUUAAAUAAUUAUUGAUGUCUAUAACGAGUGGCUGGGAUUAAUAAAAAAAAAAAAGUAAAAACCUACACGCAAGUAUGCCAACGACUUGCCAAUUCAAAUUUUCGCGCACUACGCCGAUUUACUACAGUGGCGAGCAAAUAAGCGGGCUCAUUGUAUUGAGCAGCACAAAAUUGCUGGCUAUCGAAGGCAUACAAAUAGCUUUGGUUGGCACUGAGCAUGUACAGUGGCUGGAGAGAAACAGGGAGGCCUUGCUGCUGCACAAUGACAGCACUGAAAAGGACAACAAAGUGCUGUACAGCGACAAACAGGAGCGCUUAUAUGGGUCACAUACACUUACGGAGCGUACAAGCUUACAAGCGGCUGAAGUGUGUGUGCAGCAUUUCAGCUUCGACUUGCCUUACGAAGCGCCAGCCAGCUGUGAUAUGAGGUAUGGUGAGCGUGUUUAUUACGUACGUUUAACGUUGCAAUGCAAAUCGGUGUCCGAUAAAGUUUUCAAGGCGCGCAUAACAGUAAAAAACCGCGUGGAUUUGAGCGCGGCGGUAGAGUUGAGUGAGCCCCACACACUGACUGCCGCCAACGCGCCGACAUCAGACGCUCACGCGCCACUGUGCUUCACCUUACCCACAGGCACUGGCUAUGUGCCGGGUCAGAGUAUUGCCUUCACACUGUGCGGCCAGCAUAAAUUUGCCGCCUGCAAUAAGUUGUAUGUGAAUCUGUGUCAGCAUACCAUAUUUCGUGCCUCGAAACCGCAAGCAAAGUGCAAAGAAUACCUCAAAAUAUUAAAUAGUAAUGCACAUAAGAUAAGUUCAUCAUACGUCAUGGUAUCCGGCCAAUUGAGUAUACCAUUAGCGGCGCACAUUUGUCGGGACGGCAGUGAAAAGAGCCUCAUACAUGCAAGUUAUCAUAUUGAGGCAAUGCUCUUUAAGAAAAAGCGCAUUUUGCAGAAGUUGAUUAUACCGAUUGUACUUGGUACGGUGCCACCGAAAAGCAUGCGGCUUAGCAGUGUGCAGCAAUGCGUGGAGGACUUAGAGCAGUACCACUGUUACGAUAAUUUGGCAACUGAUGAAUUAAUAUGUGAUAAACCAAAUGAAAGUUGUGGAAAGGGUGCCGAUUUGUUCUAUUACCUGCCGGAUUAUGCUUCGAUGUUGCUUUUGAAUACUUUUUCGACAUCUGUCAACGCAUUGCAGACACAGGCUGCAACACAUAAUUGCGAGCAAGAGUCUUGUGCUGCAGAUAUCUGUACAACAAAAACUUUAGCAUAGUAAUUGUCCAACAAGAGACAACGAGAUAUCGAGAUAACAAGCAUUUAAGAAAAGUUUCAAACAAAAACUUAAAUACAUUUUUCUAACACUUUGUCAUUUAUAUUACUUAUAUGUUAAUGGUGUUUUAAUCAAAGUAAAUGUAGACAAUGUUAUUAAUAUUUACUUUAAUAAAGAAAAAAUAAUUCUCACUCAAAAUA